GUCAAAUAUCCGUGGCCGGCCAUUAGCAGGAGGAGGUCUCGUUUAAGGCCAUACAGGAAACGAAUGGCCUUCUUCUCUUCUGCAUCCACUAGAUGUCGGGCAAAUGCGCUCAAACGGGAGAACUCCCACUCGUAUUCUGCCACAGCCGUUCGUGAUCGUGCUCAGCCAUCUGCCCCAGCUCAGCCAGUUGCAGUUCCACCAGCUCUACCAGCCCCUCAGCCAGCAAAGGAGAAGAAGAGAAAGGGAAAAGGUGCCCCGGCAGAUAAGAGGACCCGACGGAGGCUACAACAGAUUCCACCAUGCCCGACUUGUGGUCGACUUCACAGGGGAGAGUGUCGCGCAGGACAGGAUAUCUGCUACUAUUGCCAGGAGCCGGGACAUUAUGCGAGUCGCUGUCCGAAAAGAUUUCAGCAGCAGCCUCAGCAGCCACCACAGCAACAACAACCACAUCA